AUGGCCACUGAGGGCUUUCCAGAACAGAACGCUCCCCUUGCACCAGCCGCUGUUGCGCCAGCGCCCCCGAAGAUCAGCGAGCCUCCUCAGCCAAUUCACAAUGUGAUGAACACUUGCCAGACGGAUCCCGAGUCUCUUGCGGCUGAGACAGCACAGGUUGGCGCCGGGAUCGAACUUCCAGAAGCUCCCAGGCCUGUGGAGACCACGCAAAGUCCCUUUAUCCCGACCACAAAUCACCCACUAGGCCCCUCCGUCGCAGCUUCUGAGCCCGAAGUCCCGGUCGUAGCUCAGCCAGCCCCAGAGGCCACAACGGAAGCUCCAAAGCCUGCCAGUGAGGCCGCUAAACCGGCGGUGGAGCCGUCUCAACCCACGGAGGAACCCCAACCCGCGGAAGAAGCCCCGAAGCCAGCCACGCAAGAGCCACAGACUGGAGAGAAGCGUGAUCUUGAUUCUAUGGCAACUCAAGCUCCCGAACAGGGACAGCCACCCGAGCCUGCACCUGCCCCUGAGAAGGUCGAGGAGCCCGAGAGCAAGAAGCAGAAGACGGUCGAGGAGCCCGCCAAGGACAUCAAUGGUACUACAACUACUCCCGCGGCGGCGGCUGCUACCAGUACACCUACAGCUCCGGCGGCCGAACCCCAUGAGGAACCAAAGAAGGCUGGUCGCUCCAAGAAGGAAAAGAUCAAGGAUGUCGUGAAGAAGAUCAUUCCGACCGAUGGACCUGGCAGCCGCACUCGUAGCCGCACCAAGGAUUCCUAA